CUGGACUAUUGGGAAAGUUCAUUGGCCUGUACUCAAUCAACUGUGCAGCGUGAAGAUGAUGGAUUGAUAAUGGUGAAAAACCCUCAAGACGCAAGACAAAUAUGAUACAGUCCUGUCCCAUCAUUUCGAGAUGUAGUGGUCUUUGCGGAGGCUCUCAGACGCUGCAAGCUGGCGUUGAUCCCAUCGACGGGUACCGUAAUGGGUUGGAGUACACACGGGGCCACAUAUGUGUCUGGCCAGUUCCUCUUGUUGAGCAGAGAGGGGCAGGAGGAGUCUUGGGAAUAAGCGCGGGGAGGUAGAAGAAAAAUUUGCCCGGUCAAUGCACCUCCAGGCUUGGUUAAUGUAUAAAAGCGCGAGGCCAGGCGAUCCUUGCGACAGAAACGCGAGAAAUGUUGAAGCAGGUCCUACUCGUUCUUUCUGCCUUGGCAUUGGCUGGGGCGCAGGUGCCUAGUUUGGGAUGGUGUCCCGAAUAUGUACCAAUGGCUAACUUCGAUAUCGCAAAGUUCCUGGGUGUGUGGUACGAGGCAGAGAGGUACUUUCAGCUGUCCGAGGUGGUGUCUCGCUGUGUGAUGGCUAAUUAUACACGAGGACACGAUGGCAAAUUGCGCGUUAGCAACGAAGUGACUAACAGAUUUACGGGAAUCAAACGUGUACUGGAGGGCGAAAUCAAGCCGGCAGCUUCAAAGGCCGAAGAAGGCAAGCUUCACGUCAGAUACACUACUGUUCCAUUAACUCCAGAAACUUCUUACGCUAUUUUGGAGACUGAUUACAAAAACUAUGCGGUUUUGUGGAGCUGCUCUGGGAUCGGGCCUGUUCACGCACAAAAUGCUUGGUUAAUGACCAGGCAACGUCGUCCAUCUGGAGAUAUCCUGCAACAGGCUUAUGGAGUACUCGACAAGUACAAGAUAUCCAAGACGUUCUUUGUGAAAACUGAUCAGAAUGACUGCGCCUACCUGGAUUCAGCUCCUCCAGUUGAACCCCCUGCAGAAGUGGAAAACCAAGCUGAUCAUGUUGAAGAGGCUCAGGAGGGUCAGAAUCUCCGAUCUGCAAUAAUCCCAGAUGCUCCCGAGAUCAUCAUUCAAACGAGAAAAGCUGAGCUUUCUGAAAAAGCGAAAGAAUCGAACGCCCCAGCAGUGAAAUCUCCAGUGGGGAGCACUGAACUGCUGAAGGCUGAACCUCUCAAAGAGGAACCAGUACUCACGGAAGUCAUCAAAGAGGAAAAAAAAACACCGGCGACAGUCCCAGAGGUAAUCUUGAAAACCGCUGAGAUCGGUAAUGAAUCCUCCCCAGCCAAAGAAAUUGAAGAGCCAGUCAAACACGUUCAAAAAACAGAACCUGUUCUCAGCGAAACUGAUAAGCUGGAGGAAUCUGCUGAGAAACCCAUUCAGCUGCCCAAAGAAGAAUUGGAGACGACAGAAAAAUUGAAUUCCUAGAUUUAUCGAGCUCUACGAUUAAGUCUUAUUUAACGAUAACUUCAACCCUCAGAAAUUUAAGCUUAUUGCCAUGGAAAAUAAUAUCAAGACUCACCCCCGUCUUAUCUAAAAGUUUUCAAAGAGACUUUUACUCUCAGUAAUUUAAGCGUAGUUGUGUUAGACUGAAUGAGAGACACAUAAUGAUAAAUUAAAAGUGAAACAUGAAAACAAUUGCUGUACAAAAAGUGAUUACAAUGAAUUGUGAAUAAAUUGUUAUAUAAAGAUGUUUUUUACUUUAA